AUAUCGGGCAGUAAUAGUUAAGGAGUUAGAACAGCAAAAAAUUUAUGAGAAUUUUCCGGAAGUCAAAAAAUUAAGAGAGACCAUUGAAAGCAACCAAAAAGAAAUAAUCUAUCUUCAAUCUCCCGCCCAUAUAGAAAAUUCCAUUCGGGUUAAGAAUUUACAAAAUCAAAACCAAGAAUUACAAAAACAGUUGACCGAAAAAAAAGAGCAAAUUCAGAAUUUAGUAUUAAGACAAAAAGGACAGGGCAAAGGGCAAGACCUGGAAAAACAGUUCUAUGAGGAAUUACUGAAAGUUUUUGACGGCCAGGAUAGAAUUACCGACAUAAGCAAAGGGCAGAUUGGUGCUGGCAAAAGAGCCGAUUUUCUUCAAGAGGUCUUAACUGCCAGUGAACCAAAAAAGGUG